CGGAGAAAGCCGAACCCAACCCCGGAAGCUUGUGGCCGUCACUGACUACUGUCAUCCCGUUGUUGCAAUGAUGGAUUUCCUCUGCCGAGGAGCAGUAGAGUCCGUAAAUUUUAAAUUAAAACGCUGUAAAAUGGAACGAGAAGAACGGGAAAACGUGUAAUAGUAGCAGUAUAAAGGGAAAGAUGCAGUCUUCAAACCAUCGACUACGAGACAUGGAGCAGCACCACCCGCUGCUUUCAGGAGGCACAGACGUCGAGGCGGAUAGCCUGGCAGCCGGAGUGAUGGUUGGUGGUCCGCACUCGGGUCACGCCGUGGGGAACCGCACGGUGUGGUUCAUUCAGGACAGCUGUGGGAUGGUGUGCGCGACCAUGACCUGGUUCCUGGUUCUUUACGCUGAGUUUGUGGUGAACUUUGUCAUGCUCCUGCCCUCCAAGAACUUCUGGUACUCUCUGCUGAACGGGGCUGCCUUCAACUCUUUGGCUAUACUGGCGCUAGCCUCCCACCUUCGCACCAUGCUCACUGACCCGGGUGCAGUUCCCAAGGGCAAUGCAACCAAGGAGUACAUGGAAAGCUUACAGCUGAAGCCAGGCGAGGUCAUCUACAAGUGCCCAAAGUGCUGCAGCAUCAAACCAGAGAGGGCACAUCACUGCAGUAUUUGUAAGCGAUGCAUCCGGAAGAUGGAUCAUCAUUGCCCCUGGGUCAAUAACUGUGUGGGAGAAAAAAACCAGAGAUUCUUUGUUCUCUUUACUAUGUACGUAGCUUUGAUAUCGGCUCAUGCCCUGGGCCUCAGUGGCAUGCACUUCUUCACAUGCAUUAAAGUGCAGUGGAACGAGUGCAGUGAUUUUUCUCCUGGGGUGUCUGUGCUGCUGCUGAUUUUUCUCUGCCUCGAAGCCGUCCUCUUCCUCACUUUCACAGCUGUAAUGUUUGGCACACAGAUCCACUCCAUCUGUAACGAUGAAACGGAAAUUGAGCGUCUUAAAAACGAGAAGCCAACGUGGGAGCGUCGCACCAGAUGGGAUGGAAUGAAAACAGUUUUUGGGGGUCCGCCCUCUCUGCUGUGGUGCAACCCGUUCACAGGUCUACGUCUGCGCCGGCUUCUGCUGAGCCGCGGGCGACGUAGCGGCUCAGAGUUUUCUGUCUGACAGGAUGGGGUCGGGAAGGUUUAUACCACCAACAGUUGCUGCGAUUUCAAGCAGAACUUCUUACAUGCCUUCAGUGGCUGGAACUGAGACGGACCUCUUCCCCCUGAGGCUUUAUGUCUGGACGGCAGGCUGCUAUGAUGCAUCACCGUCACCGUGCUCAUGGAACACCUUCUGCAUUGCUAGGACAGUGGAAAAGCAUCUUUAAACACUGGAGGAAUUUUUUUAUAUUUUAAUAACAGCGUUUGGGUAUAAGUUUGUCGGUACAUGAUCUAAUGUGUAAUCGGUCUUUAUUUUUCUCCUGACUUUUAUUGGAACUCUAUCCUUCCACCUUUUACUGGCAGUGUGAUGAGUUCAUCUUCUGUGCUGCACAAAAAAAAGUUUAGUUAUAUAUAUAAAUUUCUUUUUUUUAAAGUGGACGAGUUUUAUGUCUUCAAUCACCUCUGGACCCACAAAAGAUCAUCUAACUUUGGACUGAGGAAAGGAAGUGGGCCAAGCAAGACGUACACUACUUAGCAGAACACUUGAGUCACAUAAGAGACACGUGGAACGUAGUGAGCAUCAGAUGCUGAGAUGCUUGAAUUUGCAUGUACAAAAGCUCAAUCAGUGGGGCUUUCAUCAAACAACAAAUGAUUGAACAUGCUACCAUGAUUGAACAAGAGCCUUAUUCUUAUUCAAACAGACUGAAUAGACUCUAAGCUUUUAGUGUGCAUCUUUCUUAUUUUUUUGCAUCAAUAACCCAAAAUUUUGAAUUUUUGGACUACGCAGAUGUCUUUUUCCAUCCUUAUAUUCAAAAAAACUACUCCUCAGUUGCCAGAUGACUGUUGGGGUUCAACUGCAGUUUAUUCUUAUCUUUGAGUUGAUAAUGGAUAUGUAGUAAUGGAAUAUGUUUGACUUUUUCCACUUUAAUGCUUCUACAUGCUGCUCAAAGUCACUGACUGCCAGAACACUGUCAUAAUUCAGGUAGACGACUUAAUCUCAAUCAUUUCUCAUAGAUAUUUCUUUAUAUCAAAUACUUGGGGUUACCAAGGGUAUCGGAACAACUAAUGGAAACCCUUUGGGAUAAAAUUGUACUAAACCUCAAGACAGAGCUCAGUAUUAAGUGUGGUAGAUGUGCAUGCUGCUUGGCGACUGUGUGGAGCGAUAUUUUUAAAACAGGAGUGCAGUUUGUUAGGCUUUGUUCCUCUGGACAGUCAGCCUGCACAUUUGAAAAGAAAGAACUACAAUUUUGGAGCAUAGAAUGUGGCUUCUCAUACUUUAACGUUUAUAAGAAUAAAACCCUAAAUUAUCUGGCAGUAAAGAAAGAACAAUCCUUUUCUAGAUUCAUCCAAGCGCUCACAUUGUCUUCAAACUCAUGCAGUCAGUAGAAUUUGCUUGAAAUAUGUACUUACAUUUGUUUUAUCUCUAUUUUACUACUUGGCUAGUUGGCACAACAUAAACAUGUUUUUGGGUUUAAAGAGCACUUGUUGAAUCCUGUUGGUUUUAUCAAACCUUACUUUUCAGUUGUUGUUUUUUUUUUUUUUUGAUGAUCUACUGCUGUUUUAGUCAUUUUUUAUUGUCAGAGGAAAAAAAACAUUACUAUGAGAAUAUCAGAUGCUCAAAGACUAGUGUUUCCAGGUAAUGAACAGCAAUUAGAAUGUAAAACCAGUAUGAUUUUAGGAUUAGCGGUCAGUGCAUUCAGCACUAACUGAUAUCAGGGGAUUUGUUAUUUUCAAUGCUGGCUGACUUUUUUUUUUUCUUUUAGGCUGGAUUUUUUCAGAAUAUCACUUUCACUCGAAAGCUAUGCCACAAUCAUGUAGGUUGCUAAUUUCACCGAUAACAUUUGAAACUUUUAUUAGAAGUCAAAUCCAUACAUGUAAUUAGAGGCUAAUAUACAAAAAACAGUGUUUUUGAGUGAACAGAGUCGAUCGCAUCUCUUGUGCUGAUUUGCUGUCAUUGUUGGAAAACCUUGUUUUAUUGUUUACAAGUAUAUGAUCAAAUAGUAUGUUUUCCUUAAGCUUACUAUAAUGCUGUCGGUUUCCUACGUUUGGGUAUUUUGGGUACUUUUUCCAUCAUUAGACCGACCAUGCUGACCUUUGCGUUCUCUCCGCCUUUCGCUGUGCGAUUUAAAAAAAAUCUGCCAAAUGAGCCGAUUAUUGAACACCAUGCAAACCCAUCUAUGACAACACUGUGCUGUUGAACUUUUUUUUUUCUAAAUUAUUUUCCACAAACUGUGGUGCUUUUUAAAGGAAUUUAUGCAUAAUCUAGGAGACUUUUGUGAUGAGUAUUAACAGGAUGGGAGUUUAGUUACAGUUUUAUUUAUCAUCGCUGACAACGAAGACUUUCUUACCCACUUUCUCCAGAGAAUGUUUUCUUUAAGGGCAAAAAUCUUUACAAAGGAAAUAUAAAGGUAACUAUUAUUAACUUGUGAAUUGAAUGUUUUAUUAGGUUUUUUGUAUUGUGUCAGACAAUGUCAUAUCCCUCAUGUCAUACUUUUACAUAAUAAAAACAAAUUAAACUUGUGA